UCUGGCCAACAGCGUAAAAUUCACCUAAGGGCAGAAUGUAGCACUGCUCAUCAGAAUGUGCUUCUCAUUCUUUUUUCUGUAAAACCAACCAGUUUGGCAAUGCAGGGGUCCACUGGACAAUGAGCAGUGAAACAAAGCCCCAAGGAGGCUCUGAUGUUAGAUGUGAAUGCUGAACAAAGACUCUGAUAACAGCAGUGGACGACACAAUGGCCACCAGGAAAGGCAGAUCUGUUACGACUUUUCAAAGAGGAAGCCAAAGCAAUGAGAGACCUCUCAUUAUGAGUGAUCUGAGGAUUGUUCUGCUGGGGAAGAAUGCCCAAGAAAACUGCAGAGUUGGAAACAUCAUAUUUGGUGAAGCAGUGUUUGAGAGUGAAGCUCCUCCAGAUCAAGUGCAGAGAAAAAGAAGAAUGCACAAGACAGUCAUCAACGUUCCUCACCUGCUCCAGCCACAUCUCUCAGAUCAUCAGAUCACACAGACAAUGAGAGAGUGUGUGUAUCUGUCUGAUCCAGGACCUCAUUUGAUCAUUCUGGUUCUCAAACAUGAUCAGUGCUCCAGGGAAGAUCAACAGCAUGUGGAGAAGGUGCUCAACUAUUUUUCUGACAGGGUUUAUGAACAUACCAUGGUGCUCACAACACAAGAGUCAGAAAACGCUGAGCCAGACUAUGACAACAAUGCUGUUAUAAAGGAAAUUAUUAAAAAAUGUUUUAACAGACAUUACCAACUUAAAAAAAGCAGCUCUUCUACUGAUUUUAUAGAGAGAAUAAAACACUUUGCACAAAUGAACAAUAGACGCUAUUUGGUUUGUGAUGAAUUUGAAAGUUCAAAGAGUUCCAUCAAGCAACAACCCAGACAAAGCGGUCCUGCAGAGUCACCACUGACUAUUGUAGUAUUUGGAGACUCUGCAUCAGUCCAGUAUGAACCUGAAAACAUUCUACUUGGAGAAGAUGAGCCUGGUUUUAAAACUGUAGAAAUAUCCAGGAGUUCUGUACUGAGUGAGAUAGGAAAACGGCAAGUCUCAGUGAUCAACAUGACUGGCUUACAUGAGGCUGAACUUUACCUGGACUGUGUAGAUCAUCUGAUUAAUCGACUAUUGAAUGAAAAUGAAAUCCAUGCUUUUAUCUUCGUCAUGGGACUGGGUCAGUUAACAGAUGCUGAUAAGAUGGGUCUUGAAUGGCUUCAGAGAGUGUUUGGUGACAAAGUUCUUCAGUUUGUGAUCAUUCUCUUCACUUAUGAGAGACAAGAAGAGUGUGACACUGUUUUAGAUGAUCUAAUGAAAACCCCUGAUCUGGACCAACUGCUGAAGAAAUAUGGAGGAAGAUAUCAGACCUGCAACAAGACGAUGAACAACCGGUCAGAGAUGAGAGACCUGAUUAAGAAGAUUGAACAUCUGUUUAGUGAAAACAAACAGCAGUGCUACACUGCAGACGUUUACAGCACAGCAAUGAGGCAAUACAUUUUCCAAAAGAAUAAAGGUGAAAGUGAUAAAACCACAAUCAAGAAAGAGACCACAGCACUCACCACUACACGAAUGGCCAAGGGGACACACAAGGGAUUGAUUUCAGAAGAAGAAAUACGAUCUGAACAAUACAAAGGAAAAGAAAUUAUCAAAAGAUCAAAGCAUAUAUUUGAUAGACUUCAUCCUAAAGGCAGGCAUUGUAAACUGACAGCUGCAGAUGCCCUUCUGAUAACAGCACAGUCAUUACAGUUCCAUGAGUCUUGUGCUGAGAAGGAACUGGUUCAGAUUUUCCUACAAAAAAUAUUGAUGAUGAACUACAGAGCAAGAUACAUCAGAACUAAAGAAAAUAAUGAGAAAGAUCACACACAACAAAAAGACAAUCCCUCAAAUGAAGAUGAAUGUGAUAUUUUCAAAGCAAUGUCUUUGUCUAACAAAGGAACAAGUCAGUCUGAACGGAUUGACCCAAUGGAUGUUCAGAUGGCUGCGUUUCAUUGUGCUGAUGGUUUCUUGAAACAGCUGAUGGUGACUAAACUGUCCCAGUGUCAGUACGCUCUGCCUCUGCUUGUUCCUGAUCCAUUCACACAAAAGAUUGAGUUUCCUUUCUGGACAUUCAGACAAAUCAACAAGAGCUGGAAGAUGAAAAACACCAAUAAUGAAGUCAUCAGUCAAACCCAGCCGAUCUACAAGGCAAAAACUCAAAUGGUGUUUUUCUUCAGGUUUAGCUCUGUCUCUUCAUCCAAGUCUCAGAUGGUGAACAGUCUCAUCAAUGAGAAACACAACACGUUCUUCCACAGGAACUGCCCAGGCAGCAGCAGAACAAGAGUCCUGAUGGAUGGAGUGGUGGAGAUCGCCUGGUUCUGCCCUUCUGGAACAUAUAAUGAUAAAUUCACUGACUGUGUUGCUUUCUGUAAUCUACACGGUGAUGCAGGAGACCAUGGGAAACAGCUGCAGAUCCUCACUGAAAUGGCCUCAGUCAAUGUUGUACUCUUACCACUACUGGACAGGAAUGACAAACAUGCAGCAAAGAUCCAAAACCUGUUUAGCAACGAUAAACCAUUAAUUUGCAUUUUUACUGAGGAGGAAUCAACUUUAAUUCAGAUAAAAAAAUGGAAAUUCAAAAUUGGUCUAAAAAACAGAAAUCAGGCAGAUGUAUCUGAAGAACUCAGAAGAGCUAUAAAUGAUUGUCUCUCACAAUCAUCUUCCACUUUCAGACUUGAAGAUGUGUCCAAACACUCAGAUAUCAGAGUAGAUGAGGAAGAUGAUGAUGACUGCAGGAGAGGAAGAGAAGCAGCACAGCAGAUGAUGAGUUUACUGAAAAGGAAAGAUCUGACAGAAGUCAAAGAAUCAUUUCUGCCUCAUCAGGGGAAACUGUGGCAUCGGUGGAGUGAGAAAAACAAAGAACUACAUCGACCUCGAGCAGAUGAGACACAAAUGGACAUCAGUAGAAAACACACAGAAAUGAAAAAAAUUCGUCAACAGCAGCAUGAAUCUGAGAUCAGUGAAUUUAUGAAGUUCUAUAUUAAAGAAAUAAACUCGGAUGCUCCAAAUAAAAUGUUUUUUCUUAAGUGGCUCAGAAUCCUUCUGGAUGAAUAUAUCUCAGCUGACCUUUAUGCUCUACGCCACAAGUAUGAUGAAAAGUGGUCAACAGUUUUGAAACUGAAAGAGAAUCAUGAUAAAACUGUACAACUCAAAGCUGAACAGGCAGAACUUGAGAGAAUAUCUGAGGAAAUUCAAGCGACAGCAUUUGGUUUAGAGCACAUCAUGAGGGAGAUCGGUCAGAUCUAUGAAUCAUGUUCAUCUGUGAGGAAUAUUAAGAAAGACAUGCAGUUUCACUUCUUUUUUCUCCCAAGUUUUGCAGCAGAGAUGAUGAUCUCUGGAUUUCCACUGGAGCUGAUGGAUGGAGAUGCUGCUCAUGUUCCUGUGAUCUGGAUCUCUGCUGUUCUAGAUGAACUCAUCCAGAAACUUGGAGACCAGAGAGUCUUUGUGCUGUCAGUUUUAGGGAUUCAGAGCUCUGGGAAAUCCACCAUGCUGAAUGCCAUGUUUGGACUCCAGUUUGCUGUCAGUGCUGGCAGGUGCACCAGAGGAGCUUUCAUGCAGCUGGUCAAAGUGUCAGAAGAGAUGAAAACACAUCUGAACUUUGACUAUAUUCUGGUCGUUGAUACUGAGGGUCUUCGUGCUCUAGAACUGGCUGGGAGCUCAACAAUUCAUCAUGACAAUGAAUUGGCCACAUUUGCUGUAGGUCUUGGAAAUCUGACCUUGAUCAAUAUUUUUGGAGAAAACCCAACUGAGAUGCAAGACAUUCUUCAGAUUGUUGUUCAGGCCUUCAUGAGGAUGAAGAAGGUCAGACUGAAUCCCAGCUGUGUGUUUGUGCACCAGAAUGUUUCAGACAUCACAGCUGGAGAAAAAAACAUGGAGGGAAGGAGACGACUGCAGGGGACACUGGAUGAGAUGACAAAACUCGCUGCUAAAGAUGAAGUUUAUGUUGCAGAAAUUUUCAGCGAUGUCAUUAGAUUUGAUUAUAAGAAAGAUGUUAAGUAUUUUGCUCAGCUCUGGGAGGGCAGCCCACCAAUGGCACCACCAAACCCAAAGUACUGUGAGAAUAUUCAGCAAUUAAAUGAAACGAUUAUGUCUCAAGCUUCAAAGUCACAUGGAAUGACCCUGACACACUUAAAUGACCGUAUUAAAGAUCUCUGGGAGGCUUUACUGAAUGAAAGAUUUGUCUUUAGCUUCAGAAAUUCCCUGGAGAUUUCAGCCUACAGGAAACUGGAGACGGAAUACAGUAAGUGGUCCUGGAGGCUUCGCAGUGCUAUGAUGGAAACUGAGAACAAACUACACAACCAAUUAGAAAAUGAAGCAAUUCAUGAGGUUGAUGAAAAUGAUCUUCACAGAGAACUGAAGGAGACAAGUGAAAAAGUGAAAAAAUCAAUGUCUGAAUUCUUUGAGAAAGACACAGAUAAAGAUAUACUGAUUCAGUGGAAAACAUCAUUUGAAAUCAAAAUCAAAGAGCUUCAGGAAAACAUUGUGAGGGAAACAAAUAAGAAAUUAAAUGAGAUUGUCCUACAGAAAAAUCAGAAGAAAAAGAUUGCUGCUGAGAGGACAAAUCAUGAAAACAAUUACUAUGAAAAGAGCAAAGAACUUGCCCUAAAUCUCAAAGACAAUCUCAAAACAAAUGAUGAAGAAACACUAAAAAGUCAGUUUAGUUUGUUUUGGAAUAAGUGGAUGAAUGAUAUCUCCAGAACCACUCCUCCAAUCAGAGACAUUGACAUAAUUAAAGAUGUAAAAGAGAUCCUAUGUGGCACCUAUGAAGGGGUUCCUGUAGACCACUGGGGGGAUAUUUUCUCUGUGCCCACUUAUUCUGAUUAUGUACAGUUAAAGAGAUUUUCUGGAUUUAAGGGAGCUUUAACCAAUGUCUACAAAUUAACUACAGAGAGAUCUGGUAACAUUCUGUCUGAACAGGAUGAAACACAGAUACAAGCAUUUGUCACAGAUGUUGUUCAGGAGACAUACAAACUAAUUAAAUCCUUUAACAUUUCAAAGAUGGGCUACAACAAAAACUGCAUCAAACAAAUCACAGGUUACAUCAAGAAAAAAGUAACAGAACAUCAGGAAGGACCAGUGAAAUAUGUGUUUAAGAAUAAAUUCAUCAUAUAUUUAGUCCUUUCCAUCUGUAAGAAUGCACAAAAGAUGAUCACUGACCAGCACACACUGUUUAGAGAAGCCAAUGAUCCUAUGAGAUCUGUUGAGAAGAAGAGAAAAGAGUACUAUAGUAUUUUCCAGAAAUACUGUCAUGGAGCAACAUCAGCUGCCAUUUUUGGUGAGAUCAUCUGUCAGAAACUGAAAAAGCACAUUGAGCAGAGUGUCUACAAGAAGACUGCCAGAGAUCUGGCAGAUGAAAUGAGAUCAAACUGUGAAUCACUGAAUGGAAACAGGUUAAAAUUGGAAAAACACAUCCUGAAGACACUGGCAGAAGAGGAGGAUUUUGACAAAUACAUAGACUACAUUAAUAAUCCCAGAGAUCACUUCAAGAGUUUCAUCAGAGAUGAAGUCAGUCGGUACAUCACCGGUAAGUUCAGAGUCAGUGUUUUACCCAAGAUGAGGGUGAACAUUAAACUCCUGCAGCAGAAGAUCAUGAAAGCAGCACAUGAAUCUACUGAAUAUGUUCAAGUGAACAGUGGAGAUGUUGGUUUGUGGUUGAAGAGUUUCACACAGCAGCUCUCAGAUGUGUUGAUCUUCUCUGUAAAAGACCUCAGUGGAGUGAAACACGAUGGUGUUAAUGUGAAACUUAUAGAAGAUGUAAUAAGAAAGGAGCUCCCUGCAAUUAUUUCUGAUAUAAGUGGUCAUUUCAAUGACUUUCUGUGGAAGCUGGACUAUAAGGACAGGCCAGAUGAGCUUCUAAUUGAUCACUUCUGUCAGUGCUGUUGGGUUCAGUGUCCGUUCUGUAAAGCCACCUGCAUCAACACCAUAGAAGACCAUCCUGGAGAUCACAGUGUACCUUUACAUCGCAUGAAUGGACUCAACAGCUUCUAUCAUAAAGGAACACAGAAUUUUUGUACAGAGUUUUGCUCAACUGUAGUGACAAGUGGUAAAUCUUUUAAAUCAUCAGGUCAGUGGUUUCCAUUUAAAAACUACAGAAAAGCAGGAGGAGUUUAUGCAGACUGGAGCAUCACCCCUGAUCUUUCUGAGCUGCCCUACUGGAAAUGGUUUGUGUGCCGAUUUCAGAGUGAUCUGGAAAAGCAUUAUGAUAAAUUAUUUCAGGGGAAAGGUGCAAUCCCAGAAAACUGGAGACAAUACACAAAAGAGGACGCAAUUGAAAGUGUAGGUGGAUACAACUCUCUUAGACAAACUCUCUCAAUGAAAACUCCUAGAGCAGGGCUUCAGACUGAACCACUUUUUACAUUUUUUGUUUAACUAAAAUCUGUUAUACUGCCUAACACAUACCAUCAUUUUAUUGAAAACGUAGUAUUUAAAUUUCAGUGUUUGCUUUUUUAAGUGAGUUUGAAUCCCUGUACAGGAUUCCAAAUGGUAUAGUAUAAUAUUUAAAAAAAAGAUUUCAAGUGACAAUGAAAACACUGAGGUUUAUUGUAGUGGAACUGUGACAAAAGAAGUAUGGGCUCUGACAUGUACCUAAGUAAAAAGUACCCAUUACUACUUCCUGUUUUAGUGUCACGCUGGUAAUUGGACCUCACAUCAUAUUGACAUAUUAAUGCAAAAUAACUUACAUUAAAAAUUUGUUAGCUAAUGAAUGUAUCAAAGCUAAACAACCACCAUGUAGAACAGGGCCGGACUGGACAAAAUUUCAGUCCGGGAUAUUUCACACUCAUCCAGGCCAUCACAUACACCCACAACAAAUUCUGAAACCAUAGACAACACUAUUUUUUUGUAUGGCCAUCACAUUUAAAUAAAUGUUUAAAACCUUAAACCAUGCAAAAUAAGAAAAAGGCUCUCUCUUGAACUGCACCUUCUUUUCCAUUUUCCUUUUCAGUCUCUUAAUUUUCAUUUGAUAUACCUCUGUAUCUCACUUUGUGUGUGUUUGCUUUUUUCACAUAUGUUCUUGUACCGGUCACUUUUCCCUUUAGCCAUUUACUGUUAUAAGCACACUUGUCUCCACCUUGUUGCAAAACAACCACCUUAUUAUAUUCUAUUUGCAGUAACAAUUUUAAGUUCAAUUUAAAGUAUCACAUUAUGACCAUGUUUUGUUGUUUUAUCUUACUUAAAUUACUUAAAUACUAAAGAUUAAAAAAAAACUAUAUUUUCUAAAUAGCCUAUAAAUGUCACAAUUAGUACAAUAAUGAUUACAUCAUGACAAUAUCUUUACAGAAAGAAUCCUAAUACUGAACAUGUUAUUGCAUUAUCAUGAGCCAUAUUUUUCACUUAUCAAAAUUAGCCAUGGUUUAUUACAGUAAAAGUAUAGUAACCAUGUUUUUUUUUUUUUUUUGGCAGAUUGAUUACAAUCUGUUUUAAUUUACAACCAUAGUUUUACUACACA